AUGAGCAACGGCGACAAGAUGGAGGUCGAAAUGGCCGAGCAGAAGAUGAAUGAGCUCGCGCACAGCGAGCAGCACUACUUCAAGAGCUACGACCACCAUGGCAUCCACGAGGAAAUGCUGAAAGACGAGGUCCGCACGCGGUCGUACAUGAACGCCAUCCUCCAGAACAAGCACCUCUUCAAGGACAAGGUCGUCCUCGACGUCGGAUGCGGCACCGCCAUCCUGUCCAUGUUCGCCGUCAAGGCCGGCGCGAAGCACGUCAUUGGCGUCGACAUGUCGUCCAUCAUCUUCAAGGCGCGCGAGAUCGUCAAGGCCAACGGCCUGUCGGACAAGAUCACCCUCAUCCAGGGCAAGAUGGAGGAGGUCAAGCUGCCCUUCCCCAAGGUCGACAUCAUCAUCUCGGAGUGGAUGGGCUACUUCCUGCUUUACGAAUCCAUGCUCGACACCGUCCUGUACGCCCGCGACACCUACCUCGAGAAGGACGGCCUCAUCUUCCCCGACAAGGCCACCAUCUUCUUUGCCGGCAUUGAGGAUGGCGACUACAAGGAGGAGAAGAUUGGAUUCUGGGACAACGUCUACGGCUUCGACUACACGCCCCUCAAGGAGACGGCCCUGUCCGAGCCUCUCGUCGACACCGUCGACCUGAAGACGGUUGUUACGGACCCGACGUCGGUCCUCACCCUCGAUCUCUACACCUGCACCACGGCCGACCUGGCCUUUACCACUCCUUUCAAGCUGUCGGUCAAGCGCGACGACUUCAUCCACGCCCUGGUCUCGUGGUUUGACAUCGACUUCACCGCGUGCCACAAGCCGAUCCGCUUCUCGACCGGCCCCCACACCAAGUACACCCACUGGAAGCAGACCGUCUUCUACUUCAAGGACGUCCUCACCGUCCAGGAGGGUGAGGAGAUCACCUGCAAGCUCCUCGUCAAGCCCAAUGACAAGAACCGCCGCGACCUCGACAUCGAGGUCGACUACGAGCUCGAGACGGACGACGCCACCCGGACCAGCGCCGGCAAGUGCACCUACCGCAUGUGCUAA